AUGCAUCGCGCUCUCCUUCUUUAUGAAAUUCUCUCUAACAUCAUAAGCUACAUCACCAUCGAUGACCGUCCUGGUGUUUGGCCAGUCGAAUAUGUCACAUCUUCUACACCCACAUUAUUCGCGAUUGCAUUAACUUGUCGCGCGUUCUCGGAACAAGCAUUGGAUGCCCUCUGGAACAAUUUCAAAGGAGUUGAACCGCUCAUGCGAUGUGCUGGGAUCAUUCCAGCUCCGCAAAAAAGGCGGCAAGAGGACAGAUACUACCCCAUCAUCCUAACGGAAGCUCAGUUGGACAUUAUUGCUCGUUAUGCACAUCGUAUCCGGUCUUUAGAAGUGGGUAUGGAUUAUUGGCAGCCUGAUUAUAUUACGCAGUCGUUCCUACGAACCAUUGGUGGCUCUUCCAAGGUUCUGACGCCAAAUUUACGAAGCUUGCAAAUCGGACGUGGAUUAGUCCAUGUGGCUCCCCCCCUGCUUGGCCUGCACCUGCAGCAUUUAUUAAUCAACAUCUCCGACCACAGAGAUGACUACUAUUUGGACGCAGUCUUCCAAUGUUUGCCUUCAUAUUGUCCAUCACUUGAAAGCCUCACGGUUUCUAAACCUCAUAACCUAUUUCGCGAACGGAAUGCACCUUUCGUUCUACCAUUGUCGCAUGCUAUCCAAAAAAUGUCAAAGCUGCGGACGGUUGACGUGCCAACCAUCACGAAGGAUGCUCUAGCUUAUCUGGGUGGAUUACCGUCCAUCGUAGAUAUCUGUUUGCAACUGCCCACUGGCAGUGAUCUCGAGUAUAUUCUUGGUUCAUCUCGCGGCCCCAAUCUCUUUGAGAACGUUGACAGCAUUGAUUUGGAGAUCAGAGAUUGGCCAGACGUUGAAGUCUUCACACGUCUAUGGCCUCGUAAACUCACCUCGAUAACACUUCGAUCUGAGGCCAAGUUUGAUCCAAGCCUACUGCAAGGACUUUGUGGCUCGCUCCAUGUGCGCGAAGCUUUCAAGAACCUGCAGUACAUACACUUAUCCGAACCUAUACACUGCCGGUUGUCAUCAAAUAUAGUCAUCACCAUCGACACCAUACGACCACUCUUCUACCUCAGGCAACUUCGGGUCGUGGAUAUUGACACGAGAUCAUGUCUUAGCAUCAGUGCGAAUGACUUGUUGGAAAUGGCAGAAGCAUGGCACUACCUUGAGGUGUUGUUACUCAACAAGACGGAUGGGAGCAUGUCUGGCGCAGCACCUGUGCCACAGUGGGUUACAGUGACCGAGGUUGUCAAAUUUGUCGAGCUGCGCCCUAGCCUGAAGCAACUUUGCAUUGGUAUCACGCUCAGUACCGUGGACUAUGACUAUGACAUGGACAAGGCAAGCCUACACGCCCUCAAGCCGCGUGACUCGGAUAGUAGGUUGGAAUUUCUCACACUGAGAUACCCUCACGAUGAGGAAUACAUACGGACGACUUAUUCUUCUGAGUUUGGGAUACUUUUCUCAAAGCUUUUCCCUCGGGUGAAGCAGUUCCACCCGUUACAGGAAAUCCGAAUCCUCCAUCCUGAUAGCAUAAUUUCACAAAUUCAACACGCUUGA